AUGAAUUCCAAUAGCUCACAGACACUAUACGGUACUGGCAUCCCAAGACCAUUGAAGAGAGGAAAGGCUUGUUUAACAUGCAGGCGCAGAUGCGAUGGUGCUCGACCAAUAUGUGGCCCCUGCCAACGAACUCCAAAAGACGAUCCUUGUGAAUAUGCUAACGGUCCAGGAAGGUCAAGGGCUCAAGUACUCCAAGAAACGGUCUCGCGUCUUGAGGCCCGCCUGCGAGAAUACGAACAUCCUGAAGAGACACCAUCUAUGGUGCUUUUUGAUCCAUACCAGCAAGUUCACGCCCAUCACAGCGACGAAAUCAUGCAUGGAUCAUCAUCGUCGCAAUCCAUACGUAGUUCUCCUACACUCUCAUUUUCUGGGACGUCUCCUUUACGUAGUUCACAGGCUAGUAAGUAUGGUGUGUCAUCAGGAUCAUCGGAUAGAGCCUCAACGUCUGCAGAGUCAAGGAUUUCCCUACCUGGAACUAGAAAUCUCCUCGAACGGUUUUUUGCGAAUGCAGUGUCCUUCGGCUUCUUCCUCAAUCAUUCGCGUUUCUCAGAUUCUGCUCUCCUGCCGUUAGAUUUCGGGCAUCAAUCCAGGCCAUGUCCGGGUCUAUUGAGUACCGUGUAUCUGUGGGGUAUCCAUCUAUCAUCGCCGACACAACAUAGAUAUCUUGAGCAUACCUUGCUCAUGCGCGCCCUUCGAGAUACAGCCUCAGAUCUAAGUACCUCUAACCCACAUCCACUUCGAUUUAUGCAUACUAUUCAAGCGGAGACCUUGCUCGGAUACUAUUUUUUCCGUAACGGUGAAGUCCUCCAGGCCAAGCGUCAUGCAUCUAGUGCCGCAUCUCUUGCUUUAGGGUGUGGGCUCAAUACUCUUAGGUCCUCGCACGAACAGCAGCAGUCGAGCUCAAAUAAUCUCCUCCCCCCACAAGAUGCAAUUGAGGAAGGCGAACGGAUUAACGCAUUCUGGGCCGUAUUCACGCUUUACCGAGAUAUCUCCCUCACAGUAGAUCCUCUGAAGUCUGUGUGUGGGGUGUUUGAUGCUCCUGGAUGCUGGAUUGAUACCCCAUGGCCGUUAGAUAUGGAUAUGUACAGAAAUAAUAUCCUCCCAACUCGUAGCUCAUCGACAGUUUAUGAAUUUCUCAACCAUAUACAACAAAAUGUUGACGAACAUCAGCUUGCUAGUGCGACGAAUAUGGUUACGAAGGCAUCUCUGCUUUUACAUCAAGCUUCGUUUGUUGCUGGACAGUAUUAUCCAAAUUUGCCCACGGCCGACGCUCAGAUCCUCUUCGCAGCGUUCCAAUCCGUGCACCACUUGAUUGAUUUUCUGCGUUCUCAGUUAUCUCCAUUGGAAGAACUCGACCACCAAAAUCAAAAUCUAUCAACGUUCCGAGAAAUAUAUCUUGCUCACUCUCUGAUACACGGGUCAAUUAUACGCUUGAACGAAAUUUUUUCAGAUUCGGAUGCCGGUUGCCGCCAAAACUGUGUAAAGAGCGCGCAGGCCAUGAUUCAUGGAGGUGGAUUGAAUGUGGCUGAAUUUGAAUGUGUGAAUCCUAUAAUGGGGACGCUGUGGGGCCUGGCUUGUCAAACGCUCGUUCAAGAAAUUAUUCGUCUGCGUUCUGUGCGAUCUGGAGAAGCACAAGGAUCAUGGUCAUAUCCUUCGUUUCAGUCUUCGAAGACAGUGUCAAUCUCACCAUUUUCUUAUCGUCAGGACUUGCACGCUGGAUCGGGGAUCAAUGAAGACAAAGGAGACUUGCCCUUAGACAGCGAAGACUCCCUCUUAGCUUCCCUCCAACAGGAUCUCUCGGUUCUCACGUUUUUCUCUGCUAAUAGUGUUAUGAUGAAUAAGUCUUUUUUGUCUUCACCCCUGUUCAAUGAGAGGUGA